AUGGUCCCGGAACCAGACGCCACCAACAAGCCACAAGGUGCCUCCCUAGGCUUUCGAGCGCCUCCAGCUCAAAGCAAUGCCGACGCUCUUAAGCUUAAACAGGAGGAAACUGAUGGCGACAUCCACAAGCGAAAAGCAUCACAAAAGAAAGAAAUGCCUCUUUCGUGCCAAAGAUGUCGGCUUCGGAAAGUCAAGUGCAACUUGGAGCAUCCCUGCUCGAGUUGUGUUCGAUUAGGGGUCGAGUGCAUUGUGCUAAGCGACAUGAGGAAGAAGAGACCAAACGCUAGCUACGUGCUGACGCUCGAAAAACAGAUACAGCUAUUCUCAACGUUUUUCAAGAAGUUUAGCUCGUUGGGCUCACCCCAGGAAAAGCAACAGUAUUUGGAGAAGAACGAAAAGGAACUAGAGGCCAUUUUGCAGAACAAAGUGGAACAGACAAGCCCGCAAGCGGUAGGGCAACGGCAGAGUCAAGAGCCUGAAGAUCCUCGCAAAUCAGUGUCCAUGGAGCCACAGCCUGCCACGAAAAUCAGACCAGUUUACGGGCCCACAAGUGUUUACGAUAACGACCCUGAUCAUCGUUUACACGCGAUGAACGAGAAAAGAGGAAACCACGACAUGACGGUGCUCAACCAGCUCAACAAGGACCCCGACAUUCUUCACUGCCUCAAAUUCUUUUUCACUUGGCAGUACCCGGGCCACAAUAUGUUUGUGUUUAGAGAAGCGUUCAUGAUUGACUUCUUCCAUCCAAAACCUCAUACGUUAUACUGCUCGCCGGUCCUUGUGCUCAGCAUUUGUGCUCUUGGGGCAAGAAUGUCUGAGGUCGAGUCGAUCUACAACAAGCUGAUCACUUUUUAUAACGAAGCUCGCAGUCUUUUGCUCUCUAGGUUGGAACACCCUUCCAUUACUUCAGUACAAAGCUUCCUUCUUUUGGCCUUCUACGAUAUCUGCAACGGAAACAACUCCACCGGCUGGAUGCUUUCAGGAAAUGCUAUGCGUAUGGGCUUUGAUUUGGGGUUUCAGCUUCAUCCGGAGGUGUGGUUUUUGAAAAAUAGAGGUGCUUUGAAACAACUAGACGUGGCCAUCAGAAGCAGGAUCUACUGGGGCUGCUACAUGGCUGAUCAUUUUAUAAGUCUUAUCUUAGGGCGCCCAUCUCUCUUGAAGCUGUCGGAUGCCACAAUUCCAGAGACUGAGGACUUACCUGAAUUAGACUGGAUAGACGACUACAAGUAUGUUCCUCACAAUGUCACGAAUAUUUCGGAUCCCUUGAAGAACAUCAUCAACCUCAUCAACAUUUCAGACAACAUGCUCAAUGAUAUCUUCACCAAAUCAGACCACCAUGAUUCGGACCACCACGAUCUUGACGGUGAUGACUUAAACUUGGUAUCUCGUCUAUCCAUGUUGUAUGCCUAUAACGACCAGAUCAUGAAAUGGAAACAAAACUUGCCUCCUGAUCUCAACUGGGACCAGAACAGCUUGAAACAGACUUCUGACAACCCUACCGUAUCCGGUGUACGCUACUACUACUACAUCUUGAUCCUUUGCCUAAAUCGACCCUUCGUCGGCAUUGCAAAGAACGUGAAGAACGUCACACAUCUUUCUCCAGCAGUGGUGUGCAGCAAUGCCAUUGAUGACCUUUACUUGGCCAUCAGAGCAUUUGAAACAGCUCACGGCUUGCGGAGAGCAUCCAUUUUCAUCGUGUAUUGCAGCAUCUUGUCGAUUUCGGUGAUUCUUUUAACUACAACAAGCGAGCUGCUUGGUCAAGAGACGAAGGAAAAGCUCAUAUACUUCUUGAAUGUUCUUGUUGGGUGCUCGAAGACGUGGGCAUUGGCUGAAAAGUCCCACAAAAUGAUCAAGAGUAAGCUUCUGCUUCAAUUUAGCCAUGAUCCAGACUUUAAUCCUGGCGCCACGUCCAAGCGGGCUAGGAAGAAACAGAAGCUUGACAACACCAAGGCCAAAGCAAUAUCUUCAGAAAAAAACUAUUUUGAACAUGCUGCUGCUGUCAAGAUGAACGGCUCAUCUUCAGACACUGCUUCCUCCACUCAUGAGAGCCAGAAUCAUGAUAUGUUCCAGCAUCAACCAGACAUAAAUCUUAGGCACACAUUACCAGAAACAAACUCAGACGAUAUGGACUUUCCACCAUUGGACGAGGCCAAUGUGGAGUUCUUCGGUCCUCCUGUUCUCAUGACGUCAGAUUUAUUUAACGAGGACUUGGAAGCGUUGUUCCCAGACUCAAUUUUCAGUUCCAGAACUCACGAGUAG